UUUCCAUUUAGUAUACCUUUGUUAUUUUCCGGUGAAAAGAGAGAUAGGAAGAAAACGUGUUUCUUGAGAAAUUCUAGAAUAUGAAGAGGAAAAGAACUGUCCAAGAAGGAGAUGUAAAUGUCAGUGUUUCAAAGAAAAUAAAGACCAUUUCAAGUUGUCAACAAAGCAGAGAUGUAAAAGACAAGGGGCAGAGAAAAAACAGGGAUAAGAAAAGAAAGAAAAUAAAGCCAGGUGACAAUGAAUCAAAUAAAAAUGAGAAGUUGUGCAAAGAAAAAGUUACACAAGGAAAAAGUAAGUCUGGUAAUCCAAGCAUAAACACUGUACAGGCAAAACAAAAUGACAAAGGACAUUCCAAAGCAAGGUCACCAUUAAAACAGAAAGCAGAUAAGGAAAGGAUUGUCAAUCUAGACAAAGUUGACAAAUUAAAGGACAAUGCUAGCAAACCAACAAAUAGUGAGAAUUCUGGAAGCAAAGAAAACAGUUACACAGGAAAGAAAACAGGCAAAAAAUUAAAUAAAUGGCAAAGGUUUAAAGCAAAGAAAACUAAGGUUAAAAAUGCCAAGGUGAAAGGCCAUACAGAAAAGCAGAAUAAACAAGAAACUGGUGAUGCCCCAGUGGAUGUUCCUGUGAACAGUGUAGAAAUUUCAUCAAACUGGAAAAAACUUCAACAGGAUCUAGGACUCAAUAAAAACCAAAAGAAAAAUAAACAUGUAAAUACCAAGAAGAGAGAAACUGAAGAUGAAGAGAAGGAACCAGAGAUUUGGUUUGAUGAUGUGGAUGAGAUUUUACUGGAUCGCAAAACUGCAGUACCAGAAAAGUGUACGCCUACCUAUAAUCCCCUAGUCAAGACGGGUUCGUAUGGAGGUUUGACAAAGAUUUUGGCUAUGGACUGUGAAAUGGUGGGGGUGGGGCGGGACGGAAGAGAGAGCAUGCUGGCCCGAGUGUCCAUCGUGAAUCAGCACGGUCACUGUGUGUACGACGAAUUCGUCAAACCCAUGGAAGACGUGGUGGACUACCGGACGAAGGUCAGCGGCAUCCGGAAACAGGACCUAGAGAAAGGCAAAGAAUUUCCUGUUGUCCAAAAGGACAUCAGCAGCAUGAUUAAGGGGAGACUACUGGUUGGACAUGCCAUUCACCAUGAUUUACAGGUACUCUACAUAAGUCAUCCCAAGAAACAAACUCGGGACACGUCUCGCUAUAAAUACUUCCGUCAGUUGUAUAACGGGAGAACGCCCUCCCUGAAGAAUCUGUCAGCCCGGGUCUUAGGGGUCAGUGUACAGGAGGGGGAACACAGCUCUGUACAAGAUGCUCAAGCAACAAUGAGACUUUACACUAUGUAUAGAAAACAGUGGGAAAAAGACAUAAAAGGGAAAACCAAACCAGGAAGACAGGAAAAAUUACAGAAAAAGACAGAGAAUGGUGAAGGAAAACAGGAAAAAGUUAUCACAACGCAGGAUAAAGUGAAAAAAAUUAUACCAGCUUCAUUACUAGAGAACGAUUAAUAGUUAAGCAUUCACAGAGAUUUUCAAGUGCGUGGCAUAAAAUUUAAGUGUCAAAAUGCUGUCAAAUGUGUGCUUGAUAUAUGUACAUGUGCAAUACAAGUUUAAAGUUGAUUUAAAUUUGAGAUUUAUCUUGAUCAUGGUCAGCAGGUUUGUAAAGCACCAUUGAAU